UUCUGAUUCAAAACAAAUUCUUCAAACAGGAAUCAUCAAAAAUUCUUUGAAAAAAACCGAAAACGAAAAAACAAUGUCGACAUCAUUUGCCUUGGAAAAUUGUAGCUCAAGCUAUAAAGGAAUACUUUUGCUCAAUCUAACCAAUCAAUUUAAAGAUAAACAUUUAGAAUCAGCAUAUCAACGUUAUUCACAACGACAACGACAAAAAUCAUUAGUCAUUGUGAAUGUGAUUGAUAUUAUCAUUAAAAUUAUAUUUUUGUUAGCUUAUUUUUUAUCAAUCAAUUUAUCAAAAAUUAUUUCAUCACCAUUAACGCAACAACAACAAAAUCCUCAUCAUAACCAUCAUCAUCGAAAUCAUUAUCAUCAUCAACGACAUCGAAAUAUUCGUUCAAAUGCAAAUACUGAUGAGAGCCAUGAUCGACAUCCAUUAUCAUUUUCAUUUGGAUUGAAUGAGAUUAUUUCCAAUUCUUUACGCCAAAAUUAUCCGAAUAAUGAUAAUGAUAAUAAAUUAUUAUUAAAUUUACAAAUAUCAGCAAUUUUACGUGCCUUUUUCACAUUAAUAUGGAUUACUUUGAAUUUAAUCGUUAUAAGUUUGAUUACUUGUUGGAAACGUUUUGCAAAUAAUCAUCUUUAUAUUGGUGCAUUAAUUAGUUGGAUAAUAUUUACUAUUGAAGGUCAAAUGGGUUUUGAUCCUCAAUUGAGCUACAUUUCAAGAUCAACAAUUAAUGUGCCUCAUCAAUCAACAACACCCACAACAAAUAUUAUUGAUUCCUAUGAUGGUGCUGCUAUUUGGCAUACAUUUUUAACAAUAUUAAUUAUUUAUUCAAUGUUACCAUUGCCAUUGCUAUGGUCAGCAUUCUGUGCAAUUAUAACAUCAGCUAUUGAUUUAACAUUUCGUAUUGUUCAUCUAUCACAACAACAAACAAAUUAUCAACAACAACAGCAAUUAAUAUUUGCAAAUUUAUGUCUAUAUUCCUGUAUCAAUCUAAUAUCAUUAUAUACCAAAUAUCUGACUGAUUGUGCACAACGUAAUGCAUUUCUCGAAACACGUCGUUCUAUUGAGACACGUUAUAAAAUUGAGUUUGAAAAUUCUAAGCAAGAAAAAUUAUUACUUUCAGUAUUGCCAAGAUUUGUUGCAAUGGAAAUCAUAACCGAUUUAGCAUCACAAGAACAAUGUGGUCAGCAAACACGUGGUAAUAAUCUAUUGCCAACACAAUUCCAUAAAAUCUAUAUACAUUGUUAUAAAGAUGUUAGUAUAUUGUUUGCCGAUAUUCAAGGAUUUACAGCAUUAGCAUCAAGAUGUUCAGCACAAGAAUUGGUUGGUGUACUCAAUGAUCUUUAUGCACGUUUUGAUCGUAAAGCUGAGGAAAAUCAUUGUCAUCGAAUUAAAUUGUUGGGCGAUUGUUAUUAUUGUGUUUGUGGAUUACCAAAAGCACGAACAGAUCAUGCACAUUGUUGUGUUGAAAUGGGCUUGCAUAUGAUUGAAGAUAUUAAACGAGUACGACAAAAGACUGGUGUCGAUUUAAACAUGAGAAUCGGUAUACAUUCUGGUUCAGUACUUUGUGGUGUUAUUGGUCUACAAAAAUGGCAAUUUGAUGUAUGGUCAAAUGAUGUUACAUUGGCUAAUCAUAUGGAAUCUGGUGGUCUACCUGGCCGUGUUCAUAUAUCAGCACGUACAAAAGAUUAUUUAAAUAAUCAAUAUGAAUUGGAACCAGGAAUGGGUGAACAUCGUGAUCAAUAUUUACGUGAACAUAAUGUUGAAACAUUUUUUAUUCGUCAAGAUAAACCAACUAAAUGGAAUCCGUUAAAGGCUGAAGAUUCAAAUAAAAUUGUUGAUUCAAUCAAUACACAUUCGACAACAGACAAUAAAAUUAUCGAUAAGAAUUGUAAACAACAACAAAUUGUAGAGAAUUCUGUUAUUGAUUUGGAAAAAAUUGUAACAACAACAACAAUAACAAUUUCACCGAAGGCUAUUGAUUCUGUUUGUGAUGGCGGAUUCAAUAAUAACAACGAUUUGAAAAAUUUGAAAAGCACUGCCAAUCAACCAAUCGAUUCAACAAUAAUUGACACUUCACAACAACAACAACAACAAUUAUCAUCAUUUAAAAAGAAACAUAAAUCAUUUCGAAAUCUUUUAACAAAACGUAUCGAUCAUCAUCAUCAUCAUGUAACGACCGCAACAAAUUCAUCAACAUCAUCGAUUCAUUCAAAUUCUGAUUUAUUAUUGCCAUCAUCGAAUGUUGUUACUAUUACUAUUGAUGGUGAACAUGAAUCAAAUCAUAAUAACAAUAAUAAUGUUGGGAAAAACAACAAUAUGGAUGAAACUGGUGAUUGGUUACCGGAAAUUCCGUUUCAAAAUAUAGUGGAUCUUCGAUAUUCAAUGAAUGAAGAUGAAAAUCCAACAAUUAUGUCAGCGAAUAUCGUUAUCGAUAAUAAGCAAUCCAAUGAAUCGAUUAAUCAAUCAUUCAAUGUCGGAAAUUGUUUUGAACAACAACAGUCAAUAACAACAACAACAAAUUCAACAAGAAGAAAAAGUUCGGUAUCAUCAUCAUGUGCGAUCGAAUUCGAUGUGACGCAAACGCAAUCAGAAAUCAAUAACAAUAAUCAUCGUGAUUGUAAAGUAAAUUUUGCCGCAAACAGCGAUGUUGUUGAUGAAAAUAAUGUGAAUGAAAAUGAUUUAUUAAAAAAUAAUAAUAACCAUACAACAACUAUAGCAACAACAACAGCCGCCACAAAAUUUCAACAACAAUAUCAAACAAAACCAUUGAAAUCAUCAUCGAAACAAAAAUUAAUAAAACGAGUACUAUCAUGGAAUGAACAGAUUGAUGAAUAUAUUGAUCAAUGUAUUGAAAUCGAAUCAAAUAAGAAAUUAUUUCAACAAAAUGUUAAUUGGUUUUUAUUGAAUUUUCGUUCAAACGAAUAUGAAAAUAUGUUUGGCAAAAUUCCCUACCUAGUAUUUCGUUCAAAUUUAUUUUGUUUUUCGGUAAUAUGGCUUUUUAUGGUUAUCAUUUCAUUGAUAAUAUUAUUACCAAUGUCCUGGUUCAAUUUGAUUGUCUAUAUUAUUAUCAGUUUAAUAUUUAUUGGAAUUUUUAUAUUAAUAUUACUGGCAUAUGAAGAUUUUGUUCCACGUUUAUUUCGACGUUUUGCUGAACAUCUUGAAAAUGAUCCAUCCAUACGAAAUUUAUUCUGUACAACAAUGAUUUGUCUGUUGUUUUCAAUGUCUAUCAUUUUCAUGAUUAUUUGUGUACAUAAAAAUCAAAUUAUCAUACAUGAUGGAACAUUGUCCAAUAAUAAUAACGAUAAUAGUGAUAAAAAAUUAUUAAUAAAUCAUCAUCAACAACAACAACAAUUUGAUACAAAAUCAACCAUUAGAUUGACUGGUGAAGUAUUUGAAAUACCGGAAUUAAGUGAUUCAAAUAAAAUGUUUAUAUCAUUUCGACAAUCUAAUAAUAAUGAUAAUCGAUCAACAAUCAAGCAACAUGAACAACAACAACAUUAUAAAAUAUGUGAUAAUUCACAGUAUUUUGUAUUUGUAUGGAUGUUGACAAUGGUUUCGACGACAACAUUCUUGAAACUGCCAUAUAUAAUAAAAUUGUCGAUAUUAUCAUCAAUAACAUUGAUAUAUAUAAUAUUUAUUAAAUUUAUUUUUAUUAUCAUUUUCAAUCGACAACAAACUUGUGCAAUUAGUCUAUUUACACACGGCGAAAAUUGUAUGAAAUUGGAAACAAAAGUUUUUAUCGUUUUAAUUUUAUGUUUCUUUUUGGUCAUUCAUCAUUGUCGUUUGAUUGAACGAACUUCUCGUUUGGAUUUCUUAUGGAAACAACAAGCAAAACGUCAAUUACAAGAUAUGCGAGAAAUACGUCAUUAUAAUGCACAGUUAUUGAAAAAUAUUUUACCCGAUCAUGUUGCCAAUUAUUUUCUAACACAAGAUCGUCCACAAGAACAACUUUAUGCACAAUCCUACGCAUGUUGUGGUGUACUAUUUGCAUCGAUACCAAAUUUUGAUAAUUUUUAUUCCGAAGAUAUUAACAAUGGUGUUGAAUGUAUACGAUUAUUGAAUGAAAUUAUUUUCGAUUUUGAUCAGCUACUUGAAGAUGAACGAUUUCGUUGUAUUGAAAAAAUUAAAACAAUAAGCAGUACUUAUAUGGCUGCAUCCGGGUUGAAUCCUCGUGAUCAAGGUCGAACUGUUGGUUUUUUAUUGGAUUCUUUGGUUGAUUUUGCCUUGUCAAUGAUGGAUGCCUUACAAGAUGUUAAUAAACAUUCAUUCAAUUCAUUUAAAAUGAGAAUCGGUAUCAGUAGCGGACCAUUAGUUGGCGGUGUAAUAGGAGCGAAAAAACCUGUAUAUGAUAUAUGGGGAAAUACAGUGAAUGAAGCAAGUCGUAUGGAUUCAACUGGUUCGUUGGAUAAAAUCCAGGUGCCUAAACAUACCGGGCAAAUAUUAAAAGAUGAAGGUUAUCACCUUGAUUAUCGUGGUAUUAUUCAAGUGAAAGGAAAAGGACAAAUGGAAACAUUUUGGGUAAUGAGAAAAAUGACACGUGAAUCAUCGUUGAAUAAAUCGCAAUAUGGUGGCAAAAAAUCAAUGGCCGAAGUUAUUGGCGGUAUGGUUGAAGUACGCCGUAAACAAGCACUUGGAUCAUCGCUUAGUGUACCAACAUCAUCAACAAAUCGUAGUCCACGACGAAAUCCAAAAUCGCAACCGCAGCAACCAAUGUCACAAUUUGAUGUCAGCAAUGAUGAUGAUGAUCAACAAAAUAAUGGUAAUGGUAGUGGUGAAACAUCUGAGACGAUCAAAUUGCCUACGACCACGACGACCAAAGAUUAUUCAUUUCGACGUAAGAAACCAGGGAAAAUGUCUGCUAGUUUUCGUUUUCGUAAAUCACCAUCACCAACACCACCAACAUCGUCAUCAUCGACAACACAACCAUUACAUCGUAUGAUGUCAGAAAUAUCACGUGUUGGUCGCAGCCGUUCAUUUUAUCUUCGUAAUCAUAAUAAUAAUAAUAAUAAAAAUUCUAAUCCAACAAGUCCAAAAGAAUCAAAAAAUGAUGAUAAUUAUGAAUUUAGAAAUUAGAAUCAACAACAAGAAGUUAUUGUCGUUAUUCAAAACUGUGAUAUGCACUACGAAAAAAAAUUGAUCAAAUUCCAUUACGUCAUUAUUAUUAUUGAUCAUCAAUCGAUCAAAUUUGAUUGAUUUUAAUAUUUGUC